UGCACUUGCGCACUGCGGCGCAUUCUCUGUACCUUUCACAUCCUAUCCUGCAACCGGAAGCCGGAAGAUUUCACCUGCAGUCGGUCGGCGACCGCUCGGUUCGCGAAUCCAAGCUCCGUGCCCUCACCCCGGACCUUGUGCAACCUGCUAGUCAAUCAGGACGAUACCGAUCUGCCAUCCAGUUCGGGCCCCUGCAUUUGAGCUUUUGCUCACGCCGCGAUCAUCCAUCUCGAUUGACCGUGCUGCGCGCUCGUCAUUGGCGGGGUCCGUCGCGUCCUCGCUCUCCGAGCUCCGACCCGCAAAUUCGCAACACCUCCCUUUCUUCUUCUCCCCGAGCUGCCGGUGGCCCCCCUCAACUUCGCCAUGGGUGCCUCGGUUUCUACUUUGGUCGGGUGGACCGUCGUUAUCGGGUGCAUUUAUAUUGUCGGUUUUGGCCUGCCCGGGAAGCAAAAGGCCCGUGACGCCGUACGAGGCGCCUCGCAGCGGCAGCGUCUCGAGGACAAGCAGAACAAUCAGAACCGCAAGGAUCCCAAAGACAAGGCGAAGCGCCAGAGGGGAGAGGCCUACAGCAAGGAUGCAGACGAGGCAAGCAAGACAGCCCAGCUGAAGGCACGGACGGCCAAGCCAGCGGCCCCCAGCCAGCCCGUCAACUAUAGCUCCGAUGACGGCGUCGACAACCGGGAGUUCGCCCGGCAGUUGGCCAGCGUGAAGCAGGGCACCAACCUUAACGCGCUCAAGAAGAGCGACGAGAAGCGACAGAAAUCGGUGAAGCAGUCGCGCGCUCAGGUCAUCGAGGAAACGCCCAACGAUAGCAAGGUCUCCGCCCCCUCCUCGACUGCCGGUGUUGACGCCGACGACGACGAGUCUUCGGUCGCCUCCCCCGAAUUCAAGGCCGUCAACGCUGGUGACGUCAGCGACAUGCUCGAGCCCAAGGCUGCCGGGCCUUCGGUUCUCCGCCUGACAGACACCGACAAGGUCAAGCCCAAGAAGGAAAAGAAGGCCAAGGCGCCCGAGAAGGUCGAGACCAAGAAGCAGCGUCAGAACCGCCAGAAGGCCGAGGCUGCCAAGGCCCUCCGCGAGGAAACGGAGAAGCAGAGGAAGAUUGAUAUGGAGGCGCAGAGGAGACAGGCCCGCAUCGCAGAGGGCCGGCCCGCCAAGGACGGCUCCGCCUUCAUGGCGGCCCAGAAGCAGCAGUCUGCGUGGGACGGUGUCAAUGGCAGCUCCAGCAGCAACGCCACAACUGGCGGCUUCCUCCCCGUGCAGCCUCUGGAUACGUUUGACACCAGCAGCUACACGGACGUGUCGGUGCCCAAGAGCGCCACCCCCGUGCAGAGCAACCCCGCCGACAGCUGGAUUGCCACCCUGCCCUCGGAGGAGGAGCAAAUGGAGAUGCUCCGGGAUGAGGAGGCAUGGAACACGGUGACGACCAAGAAGCCGAGCAAGAAGAAGAGGGAGGCUGCGGCUGAGAGCCCCAUCGACUCGGAGCCCACCGUCGUGCAGCCACAACCUACCACGAAGCCCCGCGCGGCAAGCAACGGUAGCGGCGCUGCGGCCCCCGCUGGCCCUGCUGCUAACAAGACCACCGGCAAGACCGCCAAGCCGUUCUCGCAGCAGUCCUCCUUUGCGGCUCUGAGCACGAACGACAACGAGACCGAGGAGAAUGAGUGGGAGGUCUAACCUGCUGCGCCCCCCGCGCAGGUGAUUGCCGUUGCAGAAGCCCGCUGCCUCCCUCCCCUGCCCACUCCCAUCAUGCUACCUUGCACCUCUUAUUCCUCGAUUGGACACCACCUACGGCUGGCUGGGUUUGGUCCUUGUCGGGCGCACGCUUCGCCCCUUUCAGCCACGUACUAUAACGGAGACAUUUUCUUUCGGAGGGCAAGGCAAGGAGUUCGUGUAUGUAUAUCACAAGCCGGGAAAAGUACCUCGGGACGUCGGCUUUUUGAGCUUUCGAUUCUAUUUCAUUUUACUUCCUGUCAGCUCUUCAAAAACUGUGUAUGCUUUUUUGGACCUUCAUUUUUUUUUUCUGCCGUCGCCAUAUGGUGGUGACAUUGUUGGGGUUUCAUUCGGCCCUAGAAAAGAACACCAGGUGCUUCGUAUGGAACGGAGAGAGGUUGUCCGUGGGCAGGCGAUGGGAAUGCCGUGGAUAGGACGACACCAGAGAGAGAACGGAGACGCUUUGUCGGCCGUCAAGCAGCGGAAGGAAGGGGUCCAGAGACCAGCGACGGCAAGGAGGACAGAUGGGGUUUCCGUGACCACUUGUCUUAGAAGGCAUGAUCGCGUUGGCUUUUGAGGGGGAGAGCUGGUCAUUGCGGGCUUUACCUCCCCCAGGAUUACAGAUAGCCGAGACUUCUGAGCAGAAUCGAGCGGUUGGUCAAGG